GUUUACCCCGACCGAUGGACUUAAAUGCUCCAAAACAAAACCUCUUAAUCUCCAACCUUUCACCAGUAGCCAUUGCCUAUUGUCAUGUGAACUUAUUUAUAAAGCAGCCAUUACCAACUCCCACUUCACAAGAACCCAAAAAUGGCUAAUCUACACUUUCUAUUCCUACUUCUCAUUUUCUUCACUACCGCUUCUCUUUCUUGUCCAGAUUAUCAGAAACAAGCCCUUCUUCAAUUCAAAUCUUUGGUGAUCAAAAACAUUAAUUCUUCUUCUGAUAAUUAUUCUCUUUUUGGCUUGGAUUCAUGGGAUUCAACCUCAGAUUGUUGCCAAUGGGAAUCAGUGACUUGCGAGUCUCAAUCAAGUUCAAGAUCAGUAGCAGCUCUUAAUCUUGACUCUUUUGUUGUUUCUGAAGUUCCAACUAUACCAAUGCCUUCUUCAGUAUUAUCACCCCUUUUUAGCAUUAAAUCCUUGAUGUUUCUUGACAUUUCUUCUAAUGGUAUAGUUGGUGAGAUUCCAACUGAUAUGUUCACCAAUCUUACAAGAUUAGUUCAUCUAGAUAUGCGGGUCAAUCAUUUUAGUGGAUCAAUUCCUUCAAGUAUUUUUAACUUGAAAUAUCUCCAAUUUCUUGAUUUAAGCAGCAAUUUCUUGAAUGGUAUGCUAAGCAAGGAAGUGGGUUUUCUCAAGAACUUGAGGGUACUAAAGUUGGCAGAGAAUCUUAUUGGAGGAAAUAUUCCUCAAGAAAUUGGAAAUCUUACAAAUUUGCAGCAGUUGAAUCUAGCCAGUAAUAAUUUCAUGAGUAGUAUUCCAUCUUCUGUUCUUCAUCUGAAAGAAUUGCAGGAACUGGAUUUGCGAGACAAUCCUUUAUCAAUGGAGAUUCCUGCUAAUAUAGGCAACUUAACCAACUUGACUACUUUAGCUUUGAGCAAUAACAGGAUAACUGGAGGAAUUCCACUAUCAAUGAAGAAACUAAGCAAGUUGAAAGUUCUUCGACUGCAAGAUAAUUUGCUAGUUGGAGAAAUUCCAACAUGGUUGUUUGAUAUAAGGAGCCUCCAGGAACUUUAUCUUGGAGGGAAUAAUCUGACUUGGGAUAGCAAUGUAAAGUUAGUGCCAAAAUGUAUGUUAUCUCAAUUGUCUUUAAAAUCUUGCAGGCUUACAGGAAGCAUACCAGAAUGGAUUUCAACGCAGAAGACUCUUAAUAUAUUGGAUUUGAGAGAAAAUAUGCUUCAAGGAACUAUCCCUCAAUGGCUAGCUGAAAUAAAACUGAGCGCGAUUGUUUUGUCUGAUAAUAAACUCUCAGGUUCUCUUCCUCCUGGUCUGUUUGAGUCGCAGAGUUUAUCUAUUCUUGCCUUGUCAAGGAAUAAUUUCUCAGGAGAGCUGCCUGAUAAUAUUGGCAAUGCCAAUGCAAUUAUAGUUCUUAUGUUGGCUGGAAACAACUUUUCUGGACAGAUUCCUGAGUCCAUUUCCAAGAUUUAUCGCCUUAUGCUGUUGGAUUUAUCAGGAAAUAGAUUUUCUGGGAAAAUCCCAGUUUUGGGAAAUGCAUUGUUAGCUUAUAUUGAUUUCUCUUCUAAUGAGUUCUCUGGUGAAGUUCCAGUUACCUUCUCUGAAGAAACAAUGAUACUUUCACUAGGAAAUAAUAAGUUCUCCGGAAAAUUACCAAAAAACAUCACUAGCUUGACCAAGCUUCAACAUCUUGAUCUCCAUGACAACAACAUUACAGGUGAAUUACCAUUAUUUCUUUCCCAAUGCUCCUCUCUUCAAGUCCUAAGCUUACACAACAACACCCUUGAAGGUUCUAUUCCUAACACCAUUACCAAUCUCAUAGCCUCCGAAUUCUUGAUUUUGGUCGAAACAACAAUCUCAAUGGUUGAAAUUUCCGUCGAAAUUGGGAAAAAUGACGAAAACAAGGUCUCUCAAAGCCGAAGCCUUGAUAUCUUACUCCUUCACUUGACUUGGUCAAACAAUCAACUUUCUAGGAUCAACAGACUAUCAGGCCCAUUCCUCAAAAACACUAACCAAAGUUGCAAACAACUUUCUACAGCUGAUGUCAGCAACAAUAAACUUGAAGGUCAGAUUCCGGUGGGAGGUCAAUGGAACUUGAUGGACAUUCCUAGACAUUAUCUAAUAAUAGUGGCAUUGUGUGGUAUGCAAAUUAAGGUGCCAUGUCCAACAGAACAGCCACUCCACUUGCAGAGUCACAAGAAGAGGAAGGAUUGUUUUCAUGGGCAGCAGCAGGGAUUGGAUAUUCCAGUUGCGCAUUUUUACAUCAGUAGCAAUAAUAUUUUUACUCGGAUUUUAUCGGUGGCUACCACCGGCUCGAGGUCACCAGCUCUAGGCAUACACAAGAAGCGAAGCGUUUAA